AUGCUCUUCGCCGCCGCGGCCGCCGACCUCGGCCUCCGGACCCUGAUCGCCGCCGACAAGGACGUGAACCGCAACCGCAACGUUGCCACGCGCACCAUAGCCGCCUCGCGCCGCGCGGUCUUCUGCCUCGGUGGCGGAGAGCGCGAUCCGGAGGUCUUUGAGGGGAAGGAGGGCUGGGAUGAGGGCGAGGGGGAGGGCCGCGGGUGUUGGGUGACGUACGGGUGGCGCCGGCGUCGCCUCCACCGCCUCCCGCCGCUGAUCCCGUCGCUGCGCCGGGCGGGCAGCUCGCCGUGGGCGCUGACGCGCACGCGCACCGCGGACGGGCGUGUCGUGGUCCUGCGGGAGCCCGCCCCGCGACGGGGGCGCGUCGUCGCCAGGAGGAUGGACGGCCGCCUCAUCCUCGACCUCGUCGACAGCAGCCCGGUGCCCCCGCCGCCGAGACAGCGCCUGGCGCAUCCUUCUAUCGUGCAGGAACCCGACGACGUGCCCUACACAGACGACGCAGAAGCAUCAGACGCGGAGGAGGCGGAGGAAACGGCGAGCGGCGCCGACAUUAUGAACCCCCGCGGCCUUGACGUGCCAGCCACUGUGCGGGCGAAGAUAGUGGCGUCGUCAUCUCCGGUGGGCUCGGCUUCGCCUGUCCCAGCGAUGGGGUGCUUCGAGGCCAUGAUCCGCACUUCCCCGCUGCGCAAGGUGCCAGUGAGCAUGCCCAGGAUGGUGCACUGA